UGGAGUGCAACGUUUUAAUGAAGUUAAGAAAGUGUCAAUUUUGGAGAAUAUUGUGAUUAAAAUAAAGAUUUAAUUCAAUAAACUUAAUUUACACCAUAAACAAAACAGUUACAGAACAAAAAUAUCAAACAAAACAAAUAUAAAAUAAUAGAUUUUGUUUAUUUAUAGUUUAGUUCUUGUUCAAUAAAAACGUUGAAAAAUGAAGAUUCCGUGUAUAAUACCUGGAUGUUCACUAAUUAGUAAACUAUUUGGCUCCAAAACCAGUGACUUCGAGAACGAAGCGUUAGAAGCCCACAAUGAAUUCAGAAGAGAACAUGGAGUACCGCCUUUAGUCUUAAGUAAAGAAAUCAGCAAGAUCAGUCAAAAAUGGGCGGACGAGCUGGCGAAAAAGGACUCUAUGGCUUACAGUCUUAACCAGGAUUACGGAGAAAGCGUAUACUGCGGCUGGUCAGCUGAUCCUAACACCAAAGUCAGAGCUAGAGAUUGCGUCAACAAAUGGUACAGUGAAAUAAAUGAGUACUCCUUUGGAAAGGAACCAGAAGUCCUAUCCUGCGGACAUUUCACACAAAUCAUCUGGAAGGGCACCAAAGAAUUGGGCAUUGGCUGUGCUAAAAGCAAGUCUGGAAAGUUGUACGUCGUAGCAAAUUACUACCCGCCAGGAAACUUUAGUGGACAGUUUUCUAAGAAUGUACUCCCACCCGGUGCUCUGCAGUUCAAAUCAACAUUUAGUCCUCAGUCAAGAUCAUCAAACAACAAUUUACCUCCUGCAUCACCAAACAAAACCAAGAACCUAAGCGACUUAGUCAGCAAGUUCAAGACCUCGUCUAUUUCUGGUGACAAGGCAGAAUCUUUCGAGGAUGACUUUUUAAGAGCUCAUAAUGAGUACAGAGACAAACAUGGUGUGCCACCUUUGAAACUUAAUAAAAAACUCAGCAAAUACGCUGAAGAAUGGGCAAAGACUCUGAUAAAAAAGAAUAGGAUGGAGCACAGAGACCAGAAUGACUACGGAGAAAAUAUUUUCUACGCUUGGUCUUCUGAUCCUAAUUUCACAGUAUCAGGAAGAGAUGCGGUUGACAAAUGGUAUAGUGAAAUAAAAGACCACGUUUUUGGUAGGGAACCUACAAAUUUGGGGACAGGACACUUUACUCAAGUAGUUUGGGAAGAUACUAAGGAGGUCGGCGUUGGCAUGGCAAGGUCAAAAGAAGGACAUGUUUACGUCGUCGCAAACUACUCUCCUCCUGGAAACAUGAUUGGUAGCUUUGCCAAGAAAGUUCGCCCGCCUAAACAAUAACAACGUAGUAAUAAAUUACACUGACUGUAGUCUACAUAGACCAAAGAUUUGUACAUUCCAAAAAUAUUAGUGUUCACAAACAAACGUAAUUCUUAAGGUUCUUGAUUUAUAAUAUUUAUGAACAAAGUUGUUUUUUUAUUAAUUGUUAUUUUUUUAAAUACAAAGGAUUGCAUUGAUAAUUAUUAUAAUAUGUUUUUUAAACAUUCCAGUUUACAUUUUUCUUAGAUAUUAUGUAAAAAUGGGCAAAUUAUAUUAUCUAUUAAAUUCGUAAGAAAUCA